AAUCUGUACGUCUUAUAGGACGGCUGCCAGAGUUUUGUCCGAUACCGUUAGACAUUUAGAAGAUGAUAAUAAAUGAAGGUACAUGGAAAAAUGAGAGACACUUGACAUAGAGGACCCAUAUUUAAUGCUGAAUUUGAUGUUUUCGCCGAUAAGAAAUUGGACCAUUAACCAGCUUCUGUUUGUCUUGGACAACUGCAUCUACACAUGUAUCUGCACACGCACGCCAGCGCAGACUCCUUCACAAGCUCUCUCUCCUCUUCGUUUCCGUGACACCUUGCUGGGAUGCAUUGACAGAGACUAAAUCAGCGGUGAGUGGGAGGGGGCGCUAGAAGAAUCAGCUUCGCACCACCACCAGCAGCAGCAGCAGCAUCCGGGCGCGCCAAGCGAAGCAUGCCCAACCGCAGACAUGACUUGCUCGGCGUCAGAUAGCGAGAAAAUCGUGAUCAACUGCGGAGGGAUCCGACACGAAACCUACAGGAGCACCCUGAAAACGCUGCCGGGCACGCGUUUGUCCUGGCUGACAGAGCCUGAUGCUUACAGCAAUUUCGACUACGACCCGAAGUCCGACGAGUUCUUCUUUGACCGCCACCCGGCCACUUUUGCCUUCAUUCUCAACUACUACCGCACCGGGAAACUUCAUUGUCCGAACGAUGUCUGCGGACCGCUCUUCGAGGAAGAACUCGCCUUCUGGGGAAUCGACGAGACAGACGUGGAGGCCUGCUGCUGGAUGAACUAUCGGCAGCACCGCGACGCCGAGGAAGCCCUGGACAGCUUCGAGACCCCCGAGCCCGAUGCCCCCGAGGACGACCCAGCUCUCACCGGCGGAGCGGACGGCGACCUGAAGCGGCUGUGCGUGCAGGAGGACGGCCGCAGGGCGACGUGGUGGGAGGUGUGGCAGCCCAAGAUGUGGGCGCUGUUUGAGGACCCAUACUCAUCAAAAUACGCCCGGUAUGUGGCAUUUGGUUCACUCUUCUUCAUCCUACUCUCCAUCUCUACGUUCUGCCUGGAGACCCAUGAGGCCUUCUACACAAUAUACAACCUGACUGAGAACGUCACUGGUAGCAAUGUGACACACGAGGAGAUAGUGUUUGAAGUGGUCACAGAUGGAUGGCUGACAUAUGUUGAGGGUGUCUGCGUCAUUUGGUUCACAAUUGAGGUGCUGCUGCGUGUUAUCUUCUGCCCUGACAAAACAGAGUUCUUCCGCAGCGCCCUGAACAUCAUAGACUUUGUGGCCAUUGUGCCCUUUUAUCUAGAGGUGGCUCUUAGUGGCCUUUCUUCCAAAACAGCCAAAGACGUGCUCAGCUUCCUGCGUGUGGUGCGCUUUGUUCGAAUUCUUCGGAUAUUCAAGCUCACUCGCCACUUUGUCGGUUUGCGGGUCCUGGGCCACACGCUGAGGGCAAGCACCAAUGAGUUCCUCCUGCUCAUCAUUUUCCUGGCACUUGGAGUCCUCAUCUUUGCAACUAUGAUUUACUACGCUGAACGUAUAGGUGCUGACCCGAAGGAUCCAACUGCUGGUGCCCACACAGACUUUAAGAACAUUCCCAUUGGGUUUUGGUGGGCAGUGGUGACCAUGACAACACUGGGCUAUGGCGAUAUGUAUCCGAAGACCUGGUCAGGAAUGUUGGUGGGAGCCCUCUGUGCCUUGGCUGGUGUAUUGACCAUUGCUAUGCCUGUUCCUGUCAUUGUCAACAACUUUGGUAUGUACUACUCCCUGGCCAUGGCUAAGCAAAAGCUCCCCAAGAAGAGGAACAAGCAUAUACCCCGACCCCCACAGCCAGGCAGUCCCAACUACUGUAAACCAGACGCUCUCGCCAUGGCAACCGCCUCGCCACACAGGCUAAUGGGCAAUGUUAUGGUGCCUGGCAUGGCAGGAUCUGGCAGCAUGAUGGGUGCAGGAGAUUGUCCACUCGCACAGGAGGAGAUCAUUGAAAUCAACAGGGCAGACUCCAAGCAAAAGGGAGAUGCAGCAGCUAAUGCAGCAGCACUGGCUAAUGAAGACUGCCCCACCAUUGACCAGGUUUUGGGGGAUGACCGCAGCCCAGCCAUCAGGGGCCAUGGUCCCACCACGAGCCGCGAACACUACCCGCAUGAUCGGGCCUGCUUCCUACUGAGUGCUGGCGAAUUCCAGCGUACAGCAGAUGGCAAUGUUCGAAAAGUGACACCAGAUGCCCUUCCUGACGGAACUCUUCUCCAUUUAGCCAGGUUAUUUAAAUUACAGAUGAGUUGAAAUUACAUCAAAACAGAAUUACUGACAUCAGUUUUUUUUAAAUCCACCUUGCAUGUAUAUACUCUAAAAACAUCAUAUAGUUAGAAGAUUUCAUGUCACUAGUUCUUUUGAAGCAAAUGUUCAUGUUUAAUUUUGCAUUUUUAACCAAGCUAUCAUCAUGGCUCAGGUAUGGAAAAGCAGAAACAGAAACGCAUCAUAAACAUAAAACCACAGUGAUAAAUACUACUUGGCUCAGUACAUCUGUAAAAUUACAAGGACAAUAUUUUCAAUAUUUGAAGUAUUUUCAUUACUUUUACAAUAUUAUUUCUUUCAUUUAGAAAGUGUUCAGCCCAUUCACACGGUGAUUACACAAUAGAAUACAGCCUCUGUUCUCUACCACAAUCUGUUCCAGAAGGUGGUUUGAUAUUUCCCAUUACAAUGAAUGGAAAAAGAAAAAAUGCGUUCCAAGCCUAAAAAUUUAGGCUUAGCUUUUAUUUAGCUUUUCCUGAUAAUAAACUGCAUAGUAGGAAUACAUGUAUAGUUUAAAUACUUUAUAUAAUGAAAUAAUUUCAGAAAUAUAGUGAUUUUUUUUUUGCUUAAAAUGUAUGCUUUCGUAGUAGAGUAGGCUAGGCUGGGAGUGCAUUGCAUUAUCUGUAGCGACUCGGCCCGCAGCCUUGUAAAAUUUUUUUAUUAACAAAAGGGGAGAAUAACUUUAAACAACUAAUAAUAAGGGUGAGAAAAAAAGCAAUGUUUUUUUCUUUAUGCAAAAAGUAACACAAAAACAUUAACUCAUAACUCGAGUAAACAAAAUCUUUGAAACAAACCAAAAAGGCAGAACUGCUAAAGGAACACAGCAUUAUAAAAGUUCACAAGAAAAAAGCAAUGCAAAACUGACUCACCCUCUUUCACAAAGAACGAAUCUAGUGUGACUUGUUUCUGCCGUCUUUGAAGGACUUUUCUGAAGUGGCUCAUCACAACAUCAUUAAAUUUUUUUGCAGCGCUCUGCUACAUUCGGCUUUAUUCGGCUUCCACUUGCCUUUUUUGGAGCCAUGAUGAGGGUUAAUAGUCCUCAAUGGGAAGAAAAAAACAAUCUCUACCGGGACACAUCUGCAUACAGAGGCUGCGUUAAACAGAGUAACAAAGCACGUCGUGGGUGGGCUGGUUGGGCCGCGCGCGUUAUUUCUGUUUUUUUUUCAGCGGCUGGGAAUUCACAACAAAGCACGUCGUGGGUCAGCUGGUCUGGCCGCACGAGUUAUGUUGUUUCCGGGGUUUUUUUUUGGUAGCUGGGAAUUCACACCAAAAUGCGUCAUGGGUCACCUGGUCUGGCCGUGCACAUUACGUUAUUUCUGGGUUUUAUCGGGGGUGUUGGAGUACCUAUUUUUGUUCAAAAACAGAAGGAAAAAAAUCUGAAAAUUUUCGUUCGAAAACCGAUUUGUUCGAGAACGGAGACGUUCAAGAACUGAGUAUUCACUGUAUCAGGAAUGACUUCAGCUUCAAUAGCUUUCUCGAGAAUACUCUAAAAUGGCAGUAAGGGAACUGGAACUUGAGCCUUUGACCGUCAAAAGAAAGAGAAUAAGUAGUACCUAUUAUUAUCAUUCCUGGGUUGUAUCCCACUUCUGUUCACCCAGCACUCCUCAAUUAUUUUCUUUUUUGAACUUGUGGUAUUCAGUGGCUGCAAACACAGCAUGGCUUGAUUUGUAAAAAAAUAACAAUAAUAAUAAUUAUUAUUAUUUCAAAAUACACAUAAGACUGUCACCCAACAGGCUCUAUCAAUCAGCAUGUGUUGAAGACUAACUUACGACUAACUUGUGAUGUAAUGCUGAGGUUGUGAGUUCAAGCCUCACCUGGUGCAGUGAAGUUUUAUCUUGGAGAGGAUGGCAUUGAAGCCACGUUAAUAACCCCUCAGUUAGUGUGAACAAGAAUAAAACAAAGGCACAUGUCAAAAUCAUUUGAACACAUUUAAUCUUUAAAACAAAAUAAUGUUUCCAUAUUAAAUAUGCUCACACAUGUACCCUCAUCAUCUUUGUAGAGCUGCCUCCCACCAUUUUUGUAGCCUUGUGAAAUCGACUUGAGACUUUUGUCAUCUUGCUGUCUUAUUUGUGUCAUCAAUUUCUUCCUGGUCUUUGAGAUUCGGACACUUUUUUCGCUUGUUUUGCUGUAAAACCUGGUUUGCAUACAGGAUUAGAGAGAUUGUAAAACCUCUACUCUCAGAGAAUUUAUUUAUAAAACUGUAAAACCAAUGUAAUCUCUAUUUAGUAUUCUGAUAUUGUUGUUGUUUGUUAGUUUUUCAUUAGGAAAUAUAUAAAGUUGCAGUCUUACAGGACUGUACGGUACACCACUGACCAUUUUAAAACUUAAUUCCUCUAAAUAUCUAAAGACUGCAUUGCCCAAUCUGCUCUGAACUAGGUACACCACUGACCAUUUUAAAACUUAAUUCCUCUAAAUAUCUAAAGACUGCAUUACCCAAUCUGCUCUGAACUAGGUAACCAAUUUCAGAUCAAGAAAAGUUCAGUUUUUUACCCAAACAGUGUACAGUGAUUAUUAUUAUACCUGAUCUGUGCUACAGAGCAGUAAUAACAAAUACUACAUAUGAGGAAAAUUGUUUUUUGACGAUUAUUUAUUAUUUCGUACGAAAUUUAAAAAUGUUGGACUUUGUAAUCAAAACAUAAAACAUGCUAUGUAUUCAUACAUUACUAGUGUUCACGAAUAUUCCCACAUUGUAGUUGGUGGGGCAUCUGAAAAAUAAAUUAAUCAUCUUUAACAACAAAUCCAAGAAAUAAGAAGGCUGAUUCACCAAUUUUCUUUUAAGGCAUUGACUACAUUGGAAAUUAAACCACAUGCCAACAUUAAACAGAAAAUAAAUAAAUAAGUAAACAAAUAAAUAAAUAAAUAAAGGUGCACAGAUAAAUCACUCAGAUUCCCAAAAUUCGAUUAUGGAUUUUCUCCCCCCACUGCCUCCAAUACACACAGCACAUUUUUGUGGUGACUAGUUGUGUACAAGACUAUUUAGAAUGCAGGUUUGUUCCUUUGUUAUGCUACCUUUUAGGUAAGCAGGUCAAGGACGGGAUUGCAGGUCAAGGGUUUUAAGGUUCAUGAUUGCAUGUUAUUGUUUAUUCUUGUGCUGCUGUUAACGCUCGAAAUUGUGACAAGUCAUAUUUGUACAAAGUAUCUUUGUUUGUCGUCCCAGUUACAUGAUCCAUCUGUCCGAUUUUUUUUCUCUGUUUUCUAUUUUGGUCCAUCUCUGUAUGUCUUUUCCUUUUUUUUAUCUGUCUUUCCUGCAAUUUGCUCCUUCUCCUCCAACCCCCUGCCUCUUCUCACUCUGGUACCUACAGCUAGAUGGUCCUGAAAACAUAAAGAGUUGGAAUGAUUUUCUCAUAGUUGUACAUUAACAAAACAUUUUUAUUUUAUUGUUUUAGUUGCAAAUUCGACCACGUAAGUUAUUUAAUUGUUAGAAAAUGUUACCUUUCACCAAGAUUAAAUUCAUAUGAUCAUGAAAGUGAUAUUAUUGUUAUUGCAGGAAACACACAAACAUUAUAAUGGGUGCCAAAGUGAAAGUGGCAAUUUGCAUUGGUUGGUGCAUUGUUGUGCCAGGCCAGUGAGAGCUGGUAGUUGAUUGGCUGGUGUUGUCUUCUUUGUCUCCUCUGGAACUGAG